AUGGCUGACGAGGAGAAGGUCCCCGCCCCUUACUUUCAGGAUGACGAGGAGGGUGUCACUUCCGACGAGGGCGAAGGCGUCGACCUCAUGAAGUCUAACGGCAACCUUGUUGGCUCGGGAGGCGAAGAUAGCAGCGACGAAGACGAAGACGACGAUCCAGAAGAGGCUCGACGCGUCGCCGAAGGUUUCAUCGCAGAGGACGACGAGGAGGAAGAGGAAGACGACGAGGCUCGCAGAGAACGCAGAAGACGCAGAAAGAAAAAGAGAAAGCAGAACGAGGAGGACUUUGAAGUCGACGAGGACGACCUCGAGCUGCUCGCCGAAAACACUGGACAGUCCCGCCGCAAGGAGGCCGGCCGUCUCAAACGUUUCCGACGAGGCUCCGCUUCUCCACCCGCAGACGAUGAAGCAGCUGCCAGGCAAAGGACCCUCGACCAGAUCUUUGAAGAUGAUGACGAUGACGACGACGAUGACAUCCGCUCGGGACGCCGCGGCGUCAACUACGACGACGAUGACGACGAAGAUCUUCCCUCUGUCGGUCAAGCACUUCGCGCCGGCGUAGCCCGCAAACAACGAGAGGUCGUCGGAGGCUACGAGGACGACGGUCUCGAUGACUUUAUCGAAGAAGACGAGGACGACGAAGAGAUGCAGGGCCUUGACGAGGAUGAGCGCGAGGCGAGACGUCAAGAAAGGCGCGAGGAGAAGCGUAGAGCGCGCAUGUCCGGAUCCGCCGCCGAUCCCGCUAAGGCUGGCAUCGACCGCGAGGCCUGGGACGAGAUCCACGAGAUCUUUGGCAAUGGCGAGGACUACUUUUGGGCGCUCGAGGACGAGGAUGAAGAUGCCUUCGAUGAGCAAAAGAAGAACAAGAUGGAGUACAAGGACAUCUUUGAGCCCGCCCAGAUUGCAGAGCGCAUGCUCACCGAAGAAGACGAGCGCAUCAAGCGCAUCGACAUCCCCGAGCGCCUUCAGCUGGCUUGCCCGGGCGAAGAGGGUCUCAAGCUGCUCGAACGAAAGCUCACCGAUGCAGAGCUCUUUGAAGCAGCAAAGUGGGCCUCGACUCGCAUUUCGACCAGAACCGCCGCCGAGUUCCUCGACGAAGCCGGCCUGUUCCACCGUCAACGAUCUGAGUUCAUCAAUGCCGUCCAGCUCAUGCUCUCCUACAUGCUCAACGAUCUCCUCGAGGUGCCAUUCCUCUUCCAGCACCGAUUCGACGAGCUCGAGCACCAUUACUACGACGAGGUCGAGCAACAGUCUCGCACCAUCGACCUCCUCACCCGUCGCGAACUCUACACUCUCAGCGGACUCGGUCUCAAGUUCAAGACGCUGCUUGUUCGCAAGGAUCAGCUGCGUGCCACUUUCAACAAGAUCCACGUCGACGUAAAGCUCGAACCCGGUCAAGAAGCACUUGACAACGGCGCAGAUUCCACGCCAGCAGAUCAAAAUAGGCAGGCUCGUGCCGAGGCCUCGCAGCGUCAGAGGAUCGUGUUCGAAGACAUGCUCGCAAAGGCUGCCAGUCUCGAAGAGAUCUCCGACAUUACCGAAUAUCUCACCCUCCGCUACGGCCAGCAGAUGCGCGACGCGCAAGCGCUUUCUAGCAACGGCACAGAGCAAGCAGCAGAGGAUAUGGAAGGUCUCACUCUGAACGGUGAGCCCCUCGUCAGCGCCACGCCUGGCUUCAAGAAGCCAAGUCUUGUGGGCCAGUACGAGCGCACAAAGAACACCGUCCUCGCCGAGCUCUCCAAGAAGUUCGGCAUCACCGCCGACGAGCUCGCCUCCAAUAUCACGAGCACCACUCGGCAAUACUCUCCUCGCGACCCGGACGUGUCCCCCUUCAAGUUUGCCGAGCAGUUCACAGGCUCGGCAUGGGGAGCACACUCGCCCGAGAUUGCGCUUGCCAAGGCCAAGAUGAUGCUCAGCCAGGAGAUCGGCAAAGACCCUAUCCUCAAGCGCGAGAUGCGUCAGCUCUUCAAGGACGCUGCAGAGAUCAACAUCGAGCCCACCGAGCGCGGCAUGACCGUCAUUGACGAGCAGCAUCCCUACGCCAACUUCAAGUUCAUCGCCAACAAGCCUGCUCGCCUCGUGCCUCAAGCACCCGCUCAAUACUUGCAGAUGCUUCAAGCAGAGGACGAACUGCUGAUCAAGCUCGACAUCAACCUCAAAGACGUUGUGCUGAACCGCUUCGAGACGCGCCUCUUCAACAACUACGCCAGCGAAGGCGUCGGCGAUGUCAGCAAGGCGUGGAACGACCAGAGGCGCGAAGUGAUCCGCGAGGCGCUCAAAUCCCACCUCGUCCCCAACGGACGUAUCUGGCUCAAGGAGUACCUGCGCGAAGAAUCACGCGAAGUGCUGCUGCGACAUGUCGACGUCCUCAUGACCAAGCGUGUCCAGCAAGGUCCCUUCAUGUCUCGCAGCAUGAUGGCGCGCAACCGCGACCCCAAGAUCGAGGAAGAGGACCGCAUUCCUCGCGUGCUCGCCGUUUCGCACGGCGGAGGUGACCCUCGCAAGGACGUCGUCCAGGCAGUGUAUCUCGACGAACGAGGUCGAUUCCGCGAACACGCCACCUUUGACGACCUCCGUCCGCUCUCACCGCGCCAACUGCAGGAGCGCGAGCUCGAGCUCGAGCGCACACGAGGCAAGGCCGAGUUCACAGAUCAUCGUGCAGACUUUGUCAAGUUGCUCAAGCAACGCAGACCGGACAUCGUGGUUGUCAGUGGAUGGAGUGUGCGCACGGCCGAACUCAAGAGGCAUGUUCAAGAGCUCGCCGAGAUGGCUCACCAGGAGAUCUGCGACGAGGACCGUCUCGGUUCUGAUCUCGAGCGCGACCAAGCGGCCAUCGACAUUGUUACUUGCCACGACGACGUCGCUCGAAUCUACCAGCACAGCAGCCGGGCCGCGGAAGAAUUCCCCGAACUCAGCGAACUCGGACGCUACUGUCUUGCGCUGGCGCGAUACGCCCAGUCGCCGGUCAACGAGUUCGCUGCGCUUGGCAGCGAUCUGACCGCCGUGAUCCUCGAUCCCAACCAGCGUCUGCUGCCCCAGGACCGCCUGCGACUCCACUUUGAGCGCUGCAUCGGUGCCAUCGUCAACGAGAAUGGCGUUGAGAUCAACCAGGCCAUGACCAGCACAUAUCUGCAGACGAUGCUGCCCUUCGUCGCCGGUCUCGGUCCCAGAAAGGCGCAGGCCUUGGUGAAUGCGAUCAGCACAAAGCUUGAGGGCACGCUCAUCAACCGCACGCUGCUCAUCACGCGAAGCAUCUUGACCUUCCAGGUCUUCCAGAACUGCGCAUCCUUCCUCCGCAUCGAGCAAGACAUGCUGCUCGAGGCCGAUGAGGACGACGUGCCAGACGUGCUCGACAGCACGCGCAUCCAUCCCGAGGACUACGACUUCCCGCGAAAAAUGGCGGCCGAUGCGCUCAACAAGCACGAAGAGGAUCUCGAGGGCGAGCAUGCAAGUCUGCCAUGCAAGGAGCUCAUGGAGGAUCCCGAUCCGGCCGACAAGCUUAGCGUGCUCGACUUGGACAACUACGCCACGAUGCUGUUUGAGCGCAAGGGUGAACGCAAGCGUGCUACGCUGCAUUCUUGCAAGACAGAGUUGAUCAAGCCGUACGACGAUCUGCGCGAGAAGCAGAUGGAGCCGUCGCCGCAAGAGAUCUUGACCAUGUUCACGGGCGAGACGGCCAAGACGCUUGCAGAAGGUUUCGUCGUCUCGGUCGAGGUGCUGCGCGUCCAAGAGGGCAACCGUAUGCAGGAGGGUCACAUCAAGUGUCGCCUAGACUCUGGGAUGGAAGGCACCAUCGAUGCCGAGAACGCGGUCGAAAACUACACGCCUGGCUCGGUGCGUCUCCGUGAUCUGGUACGGCCUCAGCAGACGCUGGACGCCCUCGUUCGCAAGAUCGACUUCAAGAUGUGCACGGCUCAACUCAGCAUUAACCCGUGGGAUCUGCAGCAUCGCGCCUCGCACCAGGGCAAGACACCAAUCGAUACCAAAUUCUAUGACAGAGCGAAGGCGGACCGGUGGAAUGAGCAGGCGGAAGCUAGGGCCAAGAUGCGAGUCCAGGCGCGUCGACAAAACCGCGUCAUCGACCAUCCGAACUACCACAACUUCAACUACAAGGCAGCCGUAACGUUCCUUCGCAGCCAGCCUCGAGGCUCCGUCGUUGUUCGUCCGAGCAGCAAGGGCGACGACCAUCUCGCGGUGACGUGGAAAGUGGACGACGAUGUAUAUCAGAACAUCGACGUGAUGGAGCUCGACAAGGAGAGCGAAUACUCGCUCGGCCGGGUUCUGCGGAUCGAAGGCAUGGGCUCCUACUCGGAUCUGGACGAGCUGAUCGUCAACCACGUCAAGCCGAUGGUGCACAUGGUCGAGAUGAUGAUGAACCACGAAAAGUACAAGGGCGCCGACGAGGAAGAUCUCCAACGCUACUUGACUAACUGGUCGCUGGCGAAUCCGUCGCGAUCUGUGUACGCCUUUGGUCUGAACAAGGAUCGACCCGGCUACUUCAAUCUGUCCUUCAAGGCCAAUCGUGAUGCGGCGAUCCAGACGUGGCCAGUCAAGGUGUUGCCCAAUGCAUUCAAGCUCGGACCUGCCGACCAGCUUGCCGAUGUGGCGGCGCUUUGUAACGCCUUCAAGACGCAGUAUACUACGCAAGCGAGUAUGGCGCGAGGAGCAAAGACGCCUUACGGAGGGGGACGAACGCCUGCGCCGGGUCUGGGCGGUGCAACACCGAUGGGUGCUCGAACACCUUACGGCGGAGUCAGGAACGGCAUGGCUGGCGGUGCGACGCCCGGACUGGCUGCUGCUGGAGGGUAUGGUACUCCGAUGAUGAAUGUGGCUUCUGCUACACCGAACCCUUACGGGGCGGGUGCGUACGGUCGCCCGGGCCCCGCUGGAGGAUACGGAGCGCCUCCUCUCCCAGGUCCUCCGGGUCGUCCACCAUCGAUGCCCGGCGCGCCUCCAAUGAUGCCACCUGGAAUGGCGAGCGGUGGCGGACCACCGGCGAAUUACCCUCCACCUUUCGCUGGCGGUGCUGGCGAGCCUGGCCCCCCGCCUUCGCGUCCACCGGUGCCUCACGGCAUGCACCCGGACCGCUUUGCUCAGGCUGAAUACGGUGGUCGCAGCAGUCAGCAGUCGUAUGGAGGAAGCGGUGGCGGUGGUGGUGGUGGUGGUGGCUACGGCGGGGGUUACCGAGCAUUCACACUGCGGAUGUCGACACCGGGCUCUUCAUCCACACGGGCAACUUUUGAAUUCGGAUCCAAUCCAUCCAACGAUUCCACUCACCGCUUUACGUUCACAUCUGAUCGUCCAGGCUCUGCCAACAUGAGCGGGUACCUCGAUGAUAACCCGAGCGCUUCUUCAUCUAGCAAUCGACAACCUGAUAUGCUAGCGCCAACAUCGCUCUUUGCUACGCUAGCACAACGACAGAUGGAUCAACAGCAACAGCUUUCACAGUCUCAGUACGACGAUGAUUCAGAAUGGACUUCACGAUCUCGAAGACAUCCUCGAAGGAGCAAACGACAUCGUCGUACAAGUCGAUACGCCAGCGAAAGCGAUACUGAAGACGACGAAGAUGUUUCGGGAUACACUUCCGACUCUUCGCACGAUCGAGCACUUCAACAGGAGUGGGAAGACCAGUUGGAUCAGUUGAAGUUGAUGUUCCAGAUCAUCAUCUUCCCCUUCGUAGGCAAGUUUUUCGGCAGGAAGUUUGGGUAUUUUCGUAAGUACCAGACGAUCUCGUGA